UUAUACAUGUAUUUACAAUAUUUUACGAAUAACAAUGUUUCUCGUAUCGAGUUACAUGAAAUGAGUUACGCGCGCAAACUUCAUGUUUUCUUUUUAAUGAUAAGCAUAGUUAAUGAUGUCCCAAGUCUAGUAAUUGGAGACGAAGAGCGAAUCCGUGGUAAGAAGAAAGAGAGCUUCCUAGUAUUUAAUUUAUUUGCAUCAUUCUUUAGAGUAUCUCAUUAUUGUUAUAGAGACCUCAGAUGCUUAACAUUUACUGUCAAUAUUUCAGCCUUUUUAAUACUUAUUAAUAACAUUGUAGAUAUGUCUCACUACAUAAGUUUUCACUUUAAGAGUCAAUAUGCUAAACUAUUUAAUUAGAGAACAGAAUAUUGACUUACAAUAAAUUGAACAAUUAUCUUUAACUUCCAAAAAUAUAAAUGUAACUUCUACAUAGCACAAACAGUUGAAAACUAUUUACUACAUAAAAUCUAAUUUACAUAUUUAUUCAUAUAAACAAUUUCUGCAUUAAACAAUAUUUCUGUAUUAAACAAUAUAUCCGUAUUAAAUCACCAUAUUAAUGUAAGCCCUGAAAUAUUGACAUACAUUGAAACAUCGAUUGUCCGAAGUCUCCCAACGCAGUUAUCAUUCGCAAAAGCAAAAAUGAAAGUAAAGAUUACGAUUAGCGGGUACAAACGAAACGAGAAACACGUCGUUAAUCUCAUAUACGAGACGUUGUCUGAUCGGAUUCUUUAACGAAAGAAAUUGGGCUCCGUCCAAGCAGUCAAUUAAUUUCGCGUUUCGGUAUUGGCAGCGGCACAAUAACGUCCUCUCGUGCAAAAGAAAUGCUAAAUUUAUCCGUUGUAACGUAAUACGCGGUAACAGUUCGAGCGGUUACGUUUGGGGUGUACUAUCCAGUGCUGUACUCGUUUAGAACGAAAAUAUUCGAUUAAUUGCGAGCAAGAAAAAAAAGCGAGUCGAUUAGCACCUCUUACAAGAUAAAAUUAAUCGACGCAACUUACGGGGAGCUGUUCGGAAUCUACGACGUAACGCGAGGAAACGCGCAAAAUGAACGUUUCGCGCGACGAUGUGUUCGCGCAAUUGAAACACGCGGGAAAACUUUGGUACAUUGUUAACCCUUACGAAACAUCUUUUGAAUUCCCGCAACAAGUGCCCGAUUAUCAGCAGCAGGUAUGGUUUCCAUUUUUCGUCCUAAUCAUAUUGGAGCAAAUGAUAUUGAUAUUCAAGAAAAAGAAGUUUCGUUUGAACGAUCAAGUGACAUCUUUAUCCCACUGGUUGUUCCAAGAAACUGGACGUAUUCUCUUCCGUGGUGCCGAAUAUUACACGUACAUCGUAAUUUACGAGAGAUAUCACUGGUGGAAUCUGCCUUGGAACUCGGCAUGGACUUGGUGUAUCACUGCCGUGGGGGUGGAUUUCUGUUACUAUUGGGUUCACCGCAGUAACCACGAGGUACACUUUUUAUGGGCUCACCAUCAAGUACAUCAUAGCAGUGAGGAGUUCAAUCUCGCGGUUGGUCUGCGACAAUCCAUCUUUCAACACUGGUGUAAUUUCAUGUUUUACUUACCCCUCGCAUUAUUUAUACCUCCAUCACAUUUCAUCGCCCACAACCAAUUCAAUUUAAUUUACCAACUAUGGAUCCACACGACCGUGAUCGACGAUCUAGGACCACUGGAACUAAUAUUCAAUACACCAAAGCAUCAUCGGGUACAUCACGGUUGCAAUUUAUACUGUCUGGACAAAAAUUACGGCGGCGUUCUCAUCAUAUGGGAUAAAUUAUUCGGCACAUUUAUGAAAGAGAGAAGCAAAGAGGAGAUAAUUUAUGGCUUAGUCGUUAGUCCACAAUCAUUUAAUCCACUAUACCUGCAGAUAUUUUAUGUGGCGCAAUUAAUCGAAAAGAGUUUACAUAUGUCGACUCUGACAAACAAGUUGGCUGUAAUUUGGAAAGGUCCUAGUUGGUUUCCAGGUGGUCCACGUUUGGGUCUUGACGAGUUCAAGAUAAAUGUAACAUCUAGAAUUAAAUACGACCGUCGUAUACCCAGUUGGCAAAGCUUGUACAUUAUCGUGCAUUUUUGUUUAGUUCUUUACCAGCAUUUACAGCUGUAUGACGAGACGCGGGAUUUAACAACCGCAUCUUCAGCAUUUAUAGCGAUCAAUAAUUUGCUCACUGUGACCGCGAUCGGUCUCCUAUUCGACGAAUCACCUUACGGUGAUAUUGUGGAAUUUCUACGCUGCCUGAUCUACUUAUACUUCUUGAGGGUGCAUCAUUUAAUCAACGUACACGUAUAUUACGUGCACAUAGUGUCUUGCUGCAUUUGGACGUUACAUUUUCUUUGUAAAAUAAGAACACGGUAGAAGAACUGAUUUUGCAUAAUAUAUUAUAGAAACUGAUAAUUUUGUAAAACUACAAGAUAUAACUGUCUAAUUUAUGCGUUACCGUAUUCUUACCAUUUUCACUUGAACGGAACGCGUAAAUUCGACAUAGCAUAAUACGUUUCUUGUAAUUAAUAAAUAUCGUAGAAAUGAU